CUUUGGAGUCGAAAGCGGAUUUGUAUCUGUCUUUAACGUUAUGAGCAAAGUCUUGUUUGUUUGUAAAUUAAACCUGAAUUUUUAACACAGAUUCUAUGUGUAUAUCAUAAUGGCAAUGUCUAAAGAGGAAAUUAGGCCUCAAGUGGACAGAUUCAUUCAGAGAUUUUUAGGUGUUAGUGAACCCUCACAGUCACUUGUGUCUUCCGCAGUACGCUGCUUGGUUAAAGGUUAUGAUCAAAGAAAAACAGCUGAUAAAUUAUCAUCUUAUUUGGAUAAUUCUAAAGCAGAAAAAUUAGCAGAUCAGCUUUUCAGAAACUUUAGCAAUGACAGUGAUUCCACAAAGAGAGCUAAGAAACGUCACAGAGAUGAAGAAAUAUCUGAAAAUAAAAAGAUAAAGACUGAUGAUCAUUCUAAAAAUUCAGUUCCUGGUCAGCCCAGUCCUGGCCAGCUUACCACCAUACAGAUCCAAGAGAUGAUGGCAAAUGCUCAAAGAAUGAUAGAGGAGCGAAAAAAGCAAAUGCUUAUGUCUGGUGCUUUAGGUCAAGUGCCACCAUCAGCAAAUAAUUUGGCAGGUGCUGGUGCAUCUUCAGCAUCUGAUGCUUCUCCAUCUCUAUCAGAAAACAAGGCAAGAAUCGCUCAGUUGACUGCCAUGAUUCAAGCAAAACUUAGUUCAAAACCUGCACUUCUGACAAAUUGGAAGCCAGAUGAUUCCAAGCAACACAAACCAGCACCUUUAAUCUUGGACUCAGAAGGUCGAACCCUAGAUAUGACUGGUAAAGAAGUCCACCUUACUCAUCAUAUGCCUACGCUAAAGGCUAAUAUAAGAGCUCAGAAAAGAGCCCAAUUCAAAAUGAGUCAAGAAAAAGUAAUGGAAGAAUUGUAUGAACAAAAGUUUUAUGAUCCACGUUUAAGUGCAAAGACGUUUCAGAGGCCUAGAAAAGGUUUCAAAUUUCAUGAAAAAGGCAAAUUUGAACAGUUAGCUCAGAGAUUGAGGACAAAGGCUCAAUUAGAGAAACUUCAAGAAGAAAUUGCUCAAGCAGCUAAAAAGACUGGUAUUUCUUCUGCCACAAAACUUGCAUUGAUUGUUCCAAGAAAGGAAUAUAAAGAAGGGGAAGUUCCAGAAGUCGAGUGGUGGGAUUCAUAUAUUUUACAGAGCGAUAACUAUGAAAGAUAUAAUGAAGAGACUAAGCUGGAAGGAGUCACAGCACUUGUUGAGCAUCCAAUACAAAUGAAAUCUCCCUGUGAUGCAUCUCAACAAGUUUUUAUCCCCCUUUAUUUGACAAAGAAAGAGCGGAAAAAGUUAAGACGACAGAAUAGACGAGAAGCUUGGAAGGAAAAGCAAGAGAAAAUUCGUUUAGGACUUGAACCACCUCCUGAACCUAAAGUGCGCAUGUCCAAUUUAAUGAGAGUUUUAGGCAAUCAAGCUGUGCAAGAUCCCACGAAAGUAGAAGCUCAUGUGCGGGAACAAAUGGCAAAACGUCAAAAAGCCCAUGAAGAAGCAAAUGCUGCUCGCAAAUUAACUGUGGAGCAAAAGAGAGAUAAGAAGAUCAGAAAACUAAAAGAAGAUACAUCAACAGGUGUCCAUGUUGCUGUUUACAGAGUAUUGAAUCUAAGUAACCCUGCUAAAAAGUUCAAAGUAGAGAUGAAUGCAAAACAGCUCUUUAUGACUGGUUGUGUACUGUUAUAUAGGAAUAUCAAUAUUGUUGUUGUGGAAGGAGGUCCUAAUCAGCAAAAGAAAUUUAAGCGUCUCAUGUUGCAAAGAAUUAAAUGGAAUGAAGAACAAGCUACUAAAGAUGGCACCGAACAAGGUGAGAAAAUAGAAAACAGAUGUAUUCUAGUAUGGGAGGGCACUGUGGUACAGCGUUCCUUUGGUGACAUUCUUUUCAAGCUCUGUCCCACAGAAACAUUUGCCAGAGAAUUUUUCAAAAAGAGAGGUGUAGAGCAUUAUUGGGAUCUUGUAUAUGGCAUGUCUAUUCUAGACGCUUCAGAAGAUGCAUAGAAUAACAUGUGUUUCUCACUUCCGCAUAGCAGAAUCAUUAUAAAAUCAGCUGUAUAUUAUCAGAAAUUAAAAACUGUUCAUUUA